UGCAACAACUACCACGUAAAAAAGUUUGUGAAACUUCUGUUUUUGUAAUUAAUUUUGUUUCCAUUCAAGCGGACUUGUGCUUUCACUAAGUAUUAGUAGUGCGUGAAUGCGGGAGACCCACCAUAGGAUAGGUCAAAUGACUAAACACUAGAUGCUCUGUUGCCGUCCAAUUUUGUCAACUGUAUUCGGUUACCUGCACCAUGGCAUCAUCGACUACAGCGCGUGAUCGUACAGUUAUCCAAGUUAUUCCCGCGAGCGCAGUCCCGGAGCAGGAAGCGCAGGCCGAGGCAUCCCCACCAGUUUCUUGGGUUCCGUCAUGGCUGAAUGGAAGCCCCAUUCGCAGUUCCAUCAAGGACAAAUCCCAUAAAAAGAACAUCUCCGUCGGCUUCGAGAAUCCUUCCGAUGUCAACGAAGGCCGUGCAGUGCGUCGCAAUUUCUCCCUUGGGGCGUCGGAUGCUCCACAGAGACCCCGUCUGUCGCCAUCCGUUUCCAUGCACGACAAACGCACUCGCCAUGAAAGCGUGGUUAUUCCCAUGGAUGGCAGUGGCGAUGCGUCGCAGAAUACUCCCGUGGUACAAGAGCCCCCCGUUCGUGAAGUGAGUCGUCGCAAAGGGAAAGCCGCGCCUCCUGUCCCGUCUGGACGGGGUCCAUCUGUGCGGAGCAAUUUCUCCUAUGAUACGCUGAAGGAGAAAGCGGAUGUGUGGAAGAAGGAGCGGAAUAAGCGGCCCGGACGGAACAUGUUGGCUGAACAGGAGGAGAUCCCGUUCCGGGAUAUUGUGCGCGAUAAAUCCCGCACCUUGUCGGAAUUCCACGCUGCCUCCGGAGAAGAAUCGCAGCGACCGAAGAUCUGUUUUACUAAGGAGGAAAGCGACAAAGUGGAUGCGGAUAUUCUCCGGCUGAUGGAUGCUCUGCAGGAAAAUCGUUAUCCUUUUAAUCGAGACAAACAUCUGCUGUUUAACAAACUGCGAUUAAUAAGGAGAAAACAAAUGGGUCUUUUGUUUGCCCAUAAGGAACUGGAUCAUACGGGCUACUUCAACACUGAUAAAACCGAAUUCGGCUACGACGUUGUUGCCGAAAAACUGGGAAUAAUGCACAAUGUGAUCGACGCGAUAUCGCGGGAUGUUUAUGAACUGCGUGAAUUGCUGUACUAUGAACGCAAAAAUCAGACUCCUCCCAACCGCAGAGGCUCUUCUGACCGGAGAAGUUCUUCCGAGCCGCCUUCCAGAUCGGCUGAAACAAGCUUGUUUCGGCCAGUUCUAGAAAAGAAUUCUUCUCAUGAUCAAAAAACAAGCAGUCAGACUGCUAGACGAAAAAGUUUGAAGGCCCCAGCCGCAAACAACCGACCAUCUGUGCUGUCUCCAACGAGACCGAUUUUAAAACACGCCAAGAGUGAUGAAUCCUUCAAGUCAGCAAAAAGUGAAGAAUCGCCAUAGAUUGAUUACAUGUGCACAUAUAGUAGUCGGGGAACCGUAAUCCAUGUUGUUAUAUUAUAAUUAUGUUAAAUAUUUCGUCUUUCGCGGUUGUGAUAAUUGUAUAUAAUUCUCGUAUUGUAUCAAUAAAUUUAAGCAUUUGCCGGAACGUAAAAUGCAAUUUCGAAAGCCUUUCGUUUUCUCA